CCAGCCCCGGCUCAAGGCGUCCCGACCAUGGCCCGCGUGCUCUUAGUCGGUCUGGUCUUUCUUGCCAUCCUCCUGCCUGCGCUGGCCGCCUGCCCCCAAAACUGCCACUGCCAUGGAGACCUGCAGCACGUCAUCUGCGACAAGGUGGGGCUGCAGAAGAUCCCCAAAGUAUCAGAGACGACCAAACUGCUCAAUCUCCAACGCAACAAUUUCCCAGUGCUGGCUGCCAACUCGUUUCGGACCAUGCCGAACCUGGUCUCGCUGCACCUGCAACACUGCAACAUCCGCGAGGUGGCCGCUGGUGCCUUCCGAGGCCUGAAGCAGCUCAUCUACCUGUACCUGUCCCACAAUGACAUCCGGGUGUUGCGAGCUGGAGCCUUCGAUGACCUGACUGAACUCACUUAUCUCUAUCUAGACCACAACAAAGUAUCGGAACUGCCCCGGGGGCUGCUCUCCCCUCUGGUCAACCUCUUCAUCUUGCAACUCAACAACAACAAAAUCAGAGAGCUGCGAGCAGGAGCCUUCCAGGGUGCCAAGGACCUGCGCUGGCUCUACCUGUCAGAAAACGCCCUCAGUUCCCUGCAGCCUGGUUCCCUGGAUGAUGUGGAGAAUCUAGCCAAGUUCCACCUGGACAAGAACCAGCUGUCUAGCUACCCCUCGGCAGCCCUGAGCAAACUUCGGGUGGUGGAGGAGCUGAAGCUGUCCCACAAUCCUCUGAAAAGCAUCCCAGACAAUGCCUUCCAGUCCUUCGGCAGAUACCUGGAGACCCUCUGGCUGGAUAACACCAACCUGGAGAAGUUCUCAGAUGCUGCCUUCGCGGGUGUGACCACACUGAAACACGUCCAUCUGGAGAACAACCGCCUGAACCAACUGCCGGCCACCUUCCCCUUUGACAACCUGGAGACCCUCACUCUCACCAACAACCCAUGGAAAUGUACCUGCCAGCUCCGUGGCCUUCGGCGGUGGUUGGAAGCCAAGACUUCUCGACCGGAUGCUACCUGCUCCUCACCAGCCAAGUUCAAGGGUCAGCGUAUUCGUGACACAGAUGCCCUCCGCAGCUGCAAAUCCCCCACCAAGAGGUCCAAGAAAGCUGGCCGCCAUUAA